AUGCUCCUGGGUGCUCUAGAGGCUGGUGGGCUCCUCUGGGGCUGGGACGGAGACGGAGAUGAAGACCGGGAUGCAGCUGUACUCACCUUGCUGGCUGUAGUAGUGGUAGCCGCCUUAGCACUGGCUCUGCACUGGUUUGGCUCCAGGGAGGACCAGGGGACACAAGGAGCAGCAUCUACAGCUCUAGGUGUGCAACCUGCUCAGGCAGGAGGAGACAGGCAGGCCCUGCAUCCAAAGUCCAAGGGCAGUGAUGCCAGUGAGGGGCAGAGCAAAGGAGAGCAGAAACCAGAGGCUCCCGGAGAUGGGCAGAGGAGAUCUGUUGCAGCUAGGACCCAGGACAGAACCCCUGGAGAGGUGGCCAGCAGAGGAACCACCCCAGCUGCCCUGGGAAAGAAAAGGAAGGAGCCAGCCGGGCCAGAAACCUUCUCCCCAGGCCACCGCAGAGCAAAGGACAUUCCAGUCCCCAUCAUGAUCCACUUUACCCCUCGAAGUCUUGACAGCAAAACAGAGAUGCAGCUGGAUUUAACUGGAACCUAUGGUAAGGGGACAGCUGGGCAAGGCCCUGUCCAUACGGAGCAUCAGCACAGCAGUCCCUGGCACCUGUCUGUGGGACCUCCUGGCCCUCUGGGGAGAGGCCUAGGCAGCUUGCGGCGGCGGCGGAGGCCUGGUGCCAGCUCAGGAGACAGACCCUGCCGUCCUCUAAAGCUGGACCCUCUCCGCCUGGGCACCGUGGUGAGUGUGUGGGAUGCUGUGGAUGUGGCAGGUUCGGCCAGCCAGGACAUCCUCACCAGCCGUCCCCUUGCAGAUCCUUCGUCACACCGCCCAGACAAGGGGCUCGAGGCUCCUCAUGAGCUGGGCCUAGCUGAUGCUGUGGACUGUAGGCCUCAGGUGGACUCCUUCGAGGAUGUGUGUGGGGAAAGCAGCCUCCGUCUCCCUCCCACCAGCCCUGCAGGGUCAGAGGUUAAGGGUGCUGAGAGCAAGGAGAUUGGAUUCCCUGCCCCUAGGGAGACUCAGGGCAUCCUGGCUGGUGAGGAAGCCAGGCCCCGGGAGAGUGGGGCGGCUGUUGUCACCAGCAACGCCAGCCCCUCCCAAGGUGCCUUACCAGAAGAGCUGUCCAGUGCUUGUGCAGUGGACCAAGUAGCUGGUCAGAGCAGAGAGGGCCACCUGACUGGGAAAGGGUCGCGUCAAGGAGAGAAAAGUAAGCACAAAUCUGGCAGACCAGCUACAGACCCGAGCCUUGCGCUUGUCAUGGACACAAAGAAGUCCACGCAUGUCUUCAGCUGCACCCCCUCCCACAACCUUCCAGCCUCUGCUCCCACCCAGGACUCUGAGCUGGCUCCGUCUGCAGUGCAUCCCAGCCCCGGGUUCCUACAUGCAGUUUCUACCUCUGCUCCCCUAAACAAUUUACCCCUGGAAGUUAGCCAGGGUCCUUCUGGUGGUGACAGUCUCAGAGCAGGGCCAGCCCCGCUUCCAACCCCAACUUUAACCACAGCAGGAGUCUCAAUUUCAGCUCCAGCAGGGAUCCUAGCACCUCCCUCAGUAUCACCCCCAACCUCAACCCCAGCCUCACCCUUAACCCCAGCUCCAGGUACAGCAGCCCCAACUGCAACUUUAACGGCAACUCCAUCUCGAACAUUACCCCCAUGCCCAGCCCCAGUUACAGCCCUAACCACAGUCUCAACACCAGCUCCAUGUCUAACCUCGCCUCCAACCCCAUCCCCAACUCCAGUCCCAGCCUUAACCCCAAUCUCCACAGCAAUCUCCCCACCCCCAACAUCACCCCCGGCUCUAGCCUCUGCCCUAGUUGCAGCCCAAGAUCCUGCAGUAGCCAGUGAGCUAAGGCCCGCGUCUAUGGAAUCUGAUGUGGGCUUCUCCAAGAGUGCCCCAGAAAGACGAAUCUCAAAGAACUGGGGCAAUUUAAUUACUAUGGUCCUUAGAAGCCACCCCUUCCCCUGGCAAGAAAAGGCCCAAGGCAGUGCCCAAAGGGCAGAUCCUGAGAGCCCUGCAGGGCCCAGCCCAUCCACACACUCUGAAGAUACACAGCCAGGACCCUCCUCUGAAGGAGCCAUCUCCAGCCUCCAGGACAAACACAGACCAGUCUUAGGUUCAGGGAACCUAGCUGAAGCCACAGGUGAAACACAGGUGAGUUUAGAGACCAAUGCAUCUCUUCACCCAGACCCUAGAGGAGAUGAAACCAAGCACAAGAGUCUAGACUCGCUGCUCCCAGCUGCAGAGCCUGUGGCUGCCCCACAGUUCCCCGUGCUGGCACAGCCCGGUCCUGUACCUUCCACGAGGCAGGAUGAUGUUCAGCCCAUCCCCCAGCCUCGCCAACGGAGGAGGAAACGCAGCAUAGCUCAGAGCUCCGAACACAUACUGACCCAAGAAGUCCCCCAGCAGCCGCAGGGGCAGGUGCUGAGGGAGCAAGCCAGACCUACAGACAGCAGGGACGUCCUCACAGAGAGGCAGAAAGAGACCCAAAAGCUUAUGGCUUUUCUGCAGAAGCCUGGGAGUUGGGGAGUGGUGGAGGGGCCCCCUAAGUCCUGCUCCCAGGCCUUGCAGUCUAGUGCAACCGCCGCCCCGUGGCCCCCAAAGCUAGAUCUAGGGAGCUGCUUGGAGGUGUUGGCCUUCGCCCAGCAUCAUGGGGCACUGGGCUUGGCCCAGGAGACCUAUGUCUUGAUGAGCAACAACUUACUGCAUGUUCUGGGAGACCCGCACCUCUACCGACAGCUGAGUGGAGCCGACAGGGAGCGUAUCCUGAACCUGCGGACUUGCCAGGGCCAGACUGUGCUGGGGGUCCUGGUGCUGCCCAGCCUUUAUCAGGUGAGCCGCUCGGGGCUCACAAGGGGCCCUCACAGUGAGGAAGCCCCUGCAACCACGUCUGAGCAUUUGCACCCUCACACACACCUCCACGUGUUCAACCCCCAAGAGAAUGUGUGGCGGCCCCUGACUCAAGUACCAGAGGAGGUCCCGCUUCGGGGCUGUGGCCUCUGCACUAUGCAUAAUUAUCUGUUUCUGGCGGGUGGCAUCAGGGGUUCUGGUGCCAAGGCUGUCUGCUCCAACAAGGUAUUCUGCUACAACCCUCUGACCAACAUUUGGAGCCAGGUUCGGCCCAUGCAGCAAGCCCGGGCCCAGCUCAAGCUGGUGGCCCUGGAUGGAAUGCUUUACGCCAUUGGCGGUGAGUGCCUGUACAGCAUGGAGCGCUAUGACCCACGCACAGAUACCUGGACCUUGAGAGCAUCCCUUCCUGAGGGCACCUUCCCUGUGGCCCAUGAGGCUGUGGUCUGCCGUGGAGAAAUCUAUGUCACAGGGGGUCAUCUCUUUUACCGCCUGCUCAGAUACAGCCCAGUCAAAGACUCAUGGGAUGAGUGUCCUUACAGCGCCAGCCACCGACGCUCCAGUGAUAUGGUGGCCCUAGGGGGCUUCCUAUACAGGUUUGACUUGUUGCGGGGUGUAGGUGCUGCGGUGAUGCGCUACAACACAGUGACAGGCUCCUGGAGCCGAGCUGCCUCCCUGCCACUGCCUGACCCCGCCCCGCUCCACUGCACAGUACUGGGCAACACCAUUUACUGUCUCAACCACCAGGUCACGGCUACCUUCACAGUCUCAGAGGGGACUGCCCUGUUUCAGGCCAAGGAGCUGCAGCCCUUCCCACUGGGAAGUAAGGGGGUCCUCUAUCCAUUCACUCUGACUCUGCCCCCUAAGACCUGGUUGCAGACCACAAUCUGA